AAAGUAACCGGCCUAGUCCAUAAGCUUUCCAGGAAGGAAUGAAGUUUCAAGAAAAUAGUUUGGAUCUAUUUCGAAUUGUUUUGGUACAACGAAAAGGGAGCUGACGACGGACUUGACAGCCGAACGCUGCACAGAAGUGACGAAAAGCAGUUCGCUUCAAGGAAUAUUGGGUCUUCUGCGCGGCCGUAAAUCCGCCAAGUGCGCCUGCGCAUAAGAGUAGCCGCGUUGAGUCAGGCCAGCGGUGGAGGAAACUGCGGUAGAGACCCUCAAGCCUCGCCAUGAAAACCCGUUUUAGCACCGUUGACCUCCGCGCGGUACUCGCGGAGCUGAAUGCCCGCUUGCUAGGAAUGAGAGUAAACAAUGUUUACGAUGUGGAUAAUAAGACGUAUCUUAUUCGUCUUCAAAAACCAGACUUUAAAGCUACACUUUUACUUGAAUCUGGCAUACGAAUUCACACGACAGAAUUUGAAUGGCCUAAGAAUAUGAUGCCGUCUAGUUUUGCCAUGAAGUGCCGAAAACAUUUGAAGAGUCGGAGAUUAGUCAGUGCAAAACAGCUUGGUGUGGAUAGAAUUGUGGAUUUUCAAUUUGGAAGUGACGAAGCUGCUUAUCACUUAAUCAUUGAGCUCUAUGACAGGGGGAACAUUGUUCUUACAGAUUAUGAGUACCUAAUUUUAAAUAUCCUAAGAUUUCGAACUGAUGAGUCAGAUGAUGUUAAAUUUGCUGUUCGUGAACACUAUCCAGUUGAUCAUGCUAGAGCUGCUGAACCUUUGCUUACCUUGGAAAGAUUGACGGAAAUAAUAGCCAGUGCACCUAAGGGUGAACUACUGAAGAGAGUUCUUAACCCAUUACUUCCCUGUGGACCAGCUCUCAUUGAACACUGUCUUAUAGAAAAUGGAUUCUCUGGCAAUGUCAAAGUGGAUGAAAAAUUUGAAAGUAAGGAUAUUGAAAAAGUACUUGUUUGUCUUCAGAAAGCAGAAGAGUAUAUGAAAACAACAUCCAACUUCAGUGGAAAGGGGUAUAUCAUUCAGAAAAGAGAAAUAAAACCAAGCCUGGAAGUAGAUAAACCAACCGAAGACAUACUCACGUAUGAGGAAUUUCAUCCUUUCUUGUUUUCUCAACAUUCACAAUGUCCAUAUAUAGAAUUUGAAUCAUUUGACAAGGCCGUAGAUGAAUUUUAUUCCAAGAUAGAAGGUCAGAAAAUAGAUUUAAAAGCUUUACAACAGGAAAAACAAGCAUUGAAGAAAUUAGAUAAUGUCCGAAAGGAUCAUGAAAACAGAUUAGAAGCUCUUCAGCAGGCUCAGGAAAUAGACAAACUUAAAGGAGAGCUUAUAGAAAUGAACCUACAAAUAGUUGACAGAGCCAUUCAGGUUGUUCGAAGUGCUUUAGCCAACCAGAUAGACUGGACAGAAAUUGGGUUAAUUGUGAAAGAAGCCCAAGCUCAAGGAGACCCUGUUGCAAAUGCAAUCAAAGAAUUAAAACUACAAACAAAUCAUGUUACAAUGCUGCUAAGAAAUCCAUACUUGUUAUCAGAGGAGGAAGAUGAUGAUGUUGAUGGUGACAUCAGUACUGAGAAAAAUGAAACCGAACCACCAAAAGGAAAAAAGAAAAAGCAAAAGAAUAAACAACUGCAGAAGCCUCAGAAAAAUAGGCCAUUGCUUGUUGAUGUUGAUCUCAGCUUGUCAGCAUAUGCCAAUGCCAAAAAGUAUUAUGAUCACAAGAGAUAUGCUGCUAAGAAAACACAGAAGACUGUUGAAGCUGCUGAGAAGGCGUUCAAAUCAGCAGAAAAGAAAACAAAGCAAACCUUAAAAGAAGUCCAGACAGUUACCUCUAUUCAAAAAGCAAGAAAAGUAUAUUGGUUUGAGAAAUUCCUCUGGUUCAUUAGCUCAGAGAACUAUCUAAUUAUUGGUGGACGAGAUCAGCAACAGAAUGAAAUAAUUGUGAAAAGAUACUUGACACCAGGGGACAUUUAUGUACAUGCUGACCUUCAUGGAGCAACUAGCUGUGUAAUUAAGAAUCCAACAGGAGAACCAAUUCCCCCUCGGACCUUGACUGAAGCUGGCACGAUGGCACUUUGCUACAGUGCUGCUUGGGAUGCACGAGUUAUCACUAGUGCUUGGUGGGUGUACCAUCAUCAGGUGUCUAAAACAGCACCAACUGGAGAGUAUUUGACAACAGGAAGCUUCAUGAUAAGAGGAAAAAAGAAUUUCCUUCCUCCCUCACAUCUAAUGAUGGGGUUUAGCUUCCUCUUUAAGGUAGAUGAGUCUUGUAUUUGGAGACAUCGGGGUGAACGAAAAGUCAGAGUGCAGGAUGAAGACAUGGAGACACUGGCGAUUUGCACAAGUGAACUCAUAUCAGAGGAAAUGGAACAACUAGAUGGAGGUGACAGUAGCAGUGAAGAAGAUAAAGAGGAAUUACAUGAAACUCCUGUGGAAGUGGAACUUGUGACUCAGGUUGACCAAGGGGAUAUUACUAUUCAGAGUGGUGGUGAUGAGCUAAAUGAACUAAUUCAGGAAGAAAGCUCUGAAGAUGAAGGAGAAUCUGAGGAGGUGGUAAAGCAUCAGGAACCUGUUGGUGAAAUGAAGGAUGAAGGGGAAGAGACAUUACAUUAUCCUGAUACUUCCAUUGACUUGUCCCACCUUCAAUCCCAAAGGUCUCUCCAGAAAUUGGCUUCAAAAGAGGAAUCUUCUAAUAUGAGCGACAGUAAGUUGCAGAGCCGGAGGCAUUUGUCAGCCAAGGAAAGAAGGGAAAUGAAGAAAAAAAAGCUUCCAAGUGACUCAGGGGAUUUAGAAAUGAUAGAAGGAAAGGACAAAGAAAAAGAAAAUGCUCUACACAUUGAAACUCAUCAGAACACCAGCAAAAAUGUCCCGGCUGUGCAGCCAAUGAAACGAGGACAAAAGAGUAAAAUGAAAAAAAUGAAGGAAAAGUACAAGGACCAAGAUGAAGAAGAACGUGAGCUCAUCAUGAAAUUGCUAGGGUCUGCAGGUUCAAACAAAGAAGAAAAAGGGAAGAAGGGGAAGAAAGGUAAAAUAAAGGAUGAACCAGUGAAGAAACAGCCCCAGAAACCUAAAGGCGGACCAAGAGUUUCAGACAGCAUAAAGAAAGAAACUCCAUCCCUUGAAGUUACAACUCAUGAGUUACAAGACUUGGCUGUAGAUGAUCCACAUGAUGACAAGGAAGAGCAAGAUCUGGACCAACAGGGAAAUGAGGAAAAUCUGUUUGACUCUUUGACGGGGCAGCCACAUCCUGAAGAUGUACUCCUGUUUGCCAUUCCAAUAUGUGCCCCAUACAACACCAUGACAAACUAUAAAUACAAAGUGAAACUUACUCCUGGAGUUCAGAAAAAGGGAAAAGCUGCAAAAACAGCCUUGAAUAGUUUCAUGCAUUCCAAGGAAGCAACAGCAAGAGAAAAAGACUUAUUCCGCAGUGUAAAGGUAAAGUAUUCCUCUAGAAACUUCUGGAGAUUGGUGGUGCAAUUAAAUAUGUUAGCAGUUAUUGCUUUGUUAGUAGAUGGAACCUGCAGCUAUUAUUUUGGUAGAAAAUGCGGUCUUACUAGAAGCAAUAUAAAAUAAGUAAAAUCAUAUUGGGUGAAAAUUUUAGAAUGCCAUUCUUUUGACAGCAGAGGACAUAUAAUUGUCAUAAAAGAAAAUAUGAUUGUGAAGAUACUCAGCAAUUCUUUUUUUCAGGACACGGAUUUAUCAAGAAACAUUCCUGGCAAAGUCAAAGUGUCUGCACCCAAUCUUCUGAAUGUAAAAAGAAAAUAGCUGAAAUGAAAUCCUAAAAUAUUUGAGAAGAGUCAAUUUUAUAGCCUUUUGGAAGUUCAGAGAUGAAAACAUGUAACAAGACUUCCGCAUUUAAAAAUAAACUAAACGUUGCCUUGUAUUCGCCAAAAGGACUUUUUUUUUUUCCAGUUUUAUAGAGAGGAAACAGUGUCUAUGAUAGGAUUUCCUAAAAUACCUGUGGACAGCUAAAUGCUAACUGUAUACAUCUGUAGUUAUCCUCCUACAUUUUCUUGAAAUUUGGGAGGAUAAUAUUAAGUAUUCAUUUCAUGCUGUAAAGAAAUGGAAUAGUGAAGUGGCUCAACUGCUUAGACUAUUGACUUGGUAGUUUACUGUAUAUAACGUAUAUCUAUCUAUUACAGGCCAAUCACAAGUUUUUUUCCUGGUGGUGGUGGGGAUUGGGGGUGGUUAAACAUUUAGGAUUAAGUCUUGAAAACCCUAAGCAGUGAAAGAGUAGACUUUCUUCUGCCUUUACCCAUAUUAGACCAGAUUUUAAAUACAAAUCAAUCAUUUCCGUGACUCAGCUUAAGAGAUAACACCUAGAAGAAAUCGGUGUUGAUAACUUCCAUGCAUUUAUACACCUUUACUUUACUUUUCAUCUUAAUUAAUUUCCUCCUUGUAAUCUCAUUCAGCUCUGUACCAUUUUAUUUUCCACCUCUAGUAAUUAUCAGUAGCAUGUUACAGAGUAUCUUAACCUAUAAUAUAUCAUAAGUGCACUUUUAGGCUUACCACUAAAGACUCCUGACCCAGCUUUCUUCUUCUGUCUGUCUCCUAACAGAAUGGAGAAUAAAGUCAUACAUUACUUCCAUUCCUUAUGAGCUACAAAACUGUUACUUUUAAAAUAAUUAGAUAAUAGCUGCCUAGAGUCAACAUGAGCACUUGCCCCAGCCCCUAUGCCAAAGCAUUAAGGUCAAAGUGUGCUAAACAGCUGCUGGUCCUUCCAAGGUUUCUUUUACCUGCUUAACCUUAUCGAGAAUAUUUUUCCUUUUGAAGUUACUGUUAAAAACAAAAACCUUUAUGUAGCCUAGUGUUGUAAAUACAACAUAAUAGACUACUCGUGCCAUUAAAAAAACAUCUGAAAUAUUCAUGUCUUUCUUUAAAAAAUAACUUCACC